AUGUCGGCAGCAAGCGGCUACAAGCCGUCCCCCCUCGGCUACGGCUCGCCAGCGCGGAACUCGCCCUUCCGCAGACCAGAGUCACCCGCCUCGCCCUCGCAAGCAACAAACAGCCAGUACAGCCAACGAGGCAACAUCACCCCGACGACAUCUCCAACAAAACCCAGUGGUGCCUCGUUCGCGCACUCGCGGCUCGGCAGCACCGCCUCGGCCGCGUCGCCUCCCACCAGUCCCAGCAUGGAAAGCGGCAACCGGACACCGCGAUUUGGCGGCGGUGUCCCCCCUGGCGGCAACAGCCAGAACCAUCUCGGCUCACCAGUCACGAUCUCGAGGGCCGCACCUACCAAGCAGCCCUCGAGCAACGGCAAUGCCCUCUCACAGCUCCAGCCGUCACAAGUCAGGACGUUGCGGGAAGGCUUCCAGAUCCUCGAUAGGAAUAGCGACGGCGUCGUGACGCGGGAAGACGUUGCCGACAUGCUGGACCAGCUUGGCCUCCCGUCAAGCCAGUCCGAGCUAUCACAGUUCUUCCCGCCUUCAGCGCCACAGACCAUGACCCUCGCAGUCUUCAUCAACUCGAUAGCAACCACACUAGCCGCCAUGUCGCCCAGCACGGAGCUCCUGUCCGCCUUCUCCGCCUUUGACGACGACGACAGCGGGCAGAUCGACGUCGCGGAGCUGCGCGACGCGCUGCUCAACACGGCCCCCGAGCCCGGCGAGCGCAGCCUGACGCCCGCAGAGGUGGACCGCAUCGUGAGCGGGUUCAGCGGGCGCCGCGCGUUCAGCAAGAGCAGCGUCAUGGCCGCCGCGCGGGACCAGCACGGCGGCGGGUUCGGCGCCAAGGGCAAAGGCGAGGUGUUCAAGUACCACGACUUCGUGCAGUCGAUCGUUGGCGGCGGCAAGGAUAACUCGGAGACCAACUCGUCGCAUGAUGACGGGUCGGAGGACUAG